CCUAGCCUACAACUGACCCUUCAGGAGAAAGAGUAUACCCUGCCCCUGUGCUGCAGGGCUCUGGCCAAUCACAAUGCGGCAGACUUUACAGCGAUAUUGAGUGCGAGUGAUUUCUCAGCCUGCUGUCGUGAGUGUGUGAAGUGGUUUUUACGCGCAUGGCACAAGUGGAGUGUUACAGAAAGAAAACAUAUCUUCGGGGAAGAGGAGUGAUAAUUGAGCAGUUUCGGCAAACUUUAAAAGCUUAGGCUGCACAGCGUGUUGAGAAAUUGGAGACCAGUUUAAAGUACAUCAGAGGAAUUCAUUUCUUAAAUUCACGUUAACUUUUUGAAGGUCAGUAUCACGUAGAUUAGCACCAGCUGUUCACUGGAGACAUCUUUGAACAGAAUGACUGCCACCAUGGAGAAAUCCAAAAACUUUCGCAUCGAUGCGCUGCUGGCGCAAGACGUGGAACAGAGGACGGACGGCGAUGGUGCGUCCCCCGGGUUAUAUUACAGCAGGAGCCCCGGCGACAGUCCAGUGUCAAACCGAGGUUCUGAGACGCCCUCCCCUCAUCCAACCCCAGCGAACUCCUCUCCAGCCCGGACAGGAGUCCUGCACAAAUCCCAGCUCUUCAACUUAUCCCAGUCAGGACUCACUGCUCUGCAUCAAGGGGGUCUCAUCGGAAUGUACCCGGGCUCCAUGUACCCUCUGGGGGCCCUCGGAGGCCAGCACCCCGCCUUCAUAUACCCUGGCUUUACGCAGCUGGUCCAACCAUAUCCGGAGCAGCUAAAGGGGGCCACCAUGACCGGGACUCUGCCUCUGGAGCCCUGGAUCAGAGCCGGGUUGAUGUUACCCAGAUUUGGAGAAUAUGGAGCUCAGGCCCAGGCAGGUUUGCUGGGGAAGUGUCGGAGGCCCAGGACAGCGUUCACCAGUCAGCAGCUGCUGGAAUUAGAAAACCAGUUCAAGCUCAACAAGUACCUGUCCAGGCCUAAACGCUUUGAGGUGGCCACUUCACUCAUGUUGACUGAGACUCAGGUUAAGAUCUGGUUCCAGAACAGACGUAUGAAGUGGAAGAGAAGUCGCAAAGCCAAGGAACAAGCAGCCCUAACUUCCUCACUGACUGAUACAGAAAGAAAUGGGAUGGACAUACACAGUGGCAAGCCUCAGGGCGACUCACACAGCUCAAGCCUAGAGGAUGAAGAGGAGCUUGACGGGGAGGAUGAGGAAGAGAAAGAGGAGGCAGAGGUGCUGAGGGCAGGCUCAUUAGGCCCUGUAGGCUUCAUGCGGCAUGCUGUAGGAGGAGCAGGGAACUACAGCUCGUAUGUAGAGGAGGAGCUAGAGGAGGGCGGCCCAAGAAUAAAAAGCAGGGUUUUUCCAUAGUUGUAAAAUUCUGCAUGCUUUAUGUCUUUUUAUGUUUAUUACUCUUGAGAAGACAAUACACUAUUCACAGUGCCAUAUCUUUGUCUGGCGCUCCCAAAAAAGCAAAAAGUUAUUAUCUGCACAUUGGGCUGGAUAUCAAAACAAAUUACAUCAAACCAGAAUAAUGUCAUCUUUGUGUACCUGGACGUGAUGAUGGUAAGGAUUUAAAGUGAAAUUGCAAUAAACUAACGAUUACAUGAAACUGAAACUGUAUGAAGGUGGGUGGGAUUGGGGGGGCUUUAGCACUUUCAUGGUAGUUAGUGGAUGAAAAUUUCACCUGGAGAUGUUGUAAGGAGUAUCAGUGUUACAUUGUUAUCAGUGCUUCCUAGUCUGUUACAAAUAUUGGAGAAAUAUUUGACUAAUAUUGUAAACUUUUCAUAGGCAAUUUUUAAAAAGACUUUGAUUCACAUUCACCCAGUUAAAUUUAUGGGGCAUUAUAAUGGUGUGACAAGAAAAAUGCUACUCAGGUUAUUGUAGUUUUUUGACUAUAUAGUCAUGAAUUUUUGUUUUAUAGUAUUCAGCUCUUUGUUUUGUAUUAUCUUUCUGAAACUGCAUGUUUUAUUUAGUUAAAGCCACACCCACAAGGAAAUGGCUGCAUGUACUGUAUAGUAGGCAAUUCCAAGUUUACUGUUGAUAUGGCAAUUUCCCUGUAUUUUGUAAACUAUUCUCAUAUUAAGUGUGGUGUUGUCAAUAUAAUUUAAAAUUAUAGAAUUUAAUAUAUUUCACCUUAAGUGCAACACUGGUGCUUUUGUGGAGGGGACUGUUUGAAAAAUAAAGCUCAAAUGAAUGUGUUUUGUGUCAUAAGAAAACAAACUGUGAAAGUGAUUGACAAUGUGCGCAAUUUACAAUUAAAGGGA